UUAAAAACCCUUUCAUAGUUGAUAUUCACAGGCAGUUUGACAAUAGCGCAUAUUAUUAAGGAGAAAAGAAAACUUCUGGACAGAAUAUGUCAAAAAUCUUAACAGUCUGUGGAGUUGCCAAAUCAUUGAGGCUGGGAUGGCGCAACUGGAGAACUUCGACAAGAUUGCUCAGCAUGAAGGCUCAGACUGCGCACUUGGUGCUUGAAGAUGGCACAAAGAUGAAGGGCUACUCUUUCGGCCAUGAUCACUCUGCAGCUGGAGAGCUGGUCUUCAACACUGGACUAGUUGGCUAUCCUGAGGCUCUGACAGACCCCAGUUACAGAGGGCAGAUCCUGACCCUCACCUACACCAUUGUUGGAAACUACGGUGUUCCUAAUACACAGCAACUGGAUGAGCUGGGAUUGAAGAAAAAUGUGGAGUCUGAUCGCAUUCAGGUGUCAGGACUGCUGGUUCAGGACUACAGUUCUGAGUACAGUCACUGGAACUCUGUCAAAUCACUGGCACAGUGGCUUCAAGAGGAGAAGGUGCCGGCUCUUUUUGGGAUAGAUACCAGGAUGCUAACAAAGAUCAUUAGAGACAAGGGUACCGUUUUGGGGAAGAUUGAAUUUGAUGGACAGCCGGUGGAGAUCACAGACCCAAACCAGAGAAAUCUCGUAGCUGAGGUCUCAACCAAGGAUAUUCAAGUGUUUGGGAAAGGCAAUCCUAUCAAAGUGGUUGCUGUUGAUUGUGGAAUCAAGCACAACAUUAUAAGACUACUUGUCAAGCGUGGAGCAGAAGUGCAUUUAGUGCCAUGGGACCAAGACCUGAUGAGUUUGGAGUAUGACGGUCUCUUCAUCUCCAACGGCCCAGGAGAUCCUUCACUGGCAAAGACCCUGAUUCAAAAUGUCCGCAAGGUGCUGGAAACUGAUCGUCCUCAGCCAGUGUUUGGUAUUUGUAUGGGGAAUCAAAUCACAGCGUUGGCAGCUGGUGCACAGCCUUAUAAACUACCAAUGGGAAACAGGGGCCAAAACCAGCCAGUUGUGAACGUGAUGACGGGCCAAGCUUUCAUCACAGCUCAGAAUCAUGGGUAUGGCAUAGACAGCGAGUCCCUUCCUCCAGGCUGGAGUCCUCUCUUCAUCAAUGCAAAUGAUGGAACCAAUGAGGGCAUUAUGCAUAAAACCAAGCCAGUGUUCACAGCUCAGUUCCACCCCGAGGCCAAAGGAGGACCCACAGACACAGAGUACCGCAGCACUUUCCUGUUUGAUGCUUUCAUCUCUCUGAUAAGGAAUGGGAAGAGGGGGAGCGUGGCAUCUGUGAUGCCAAAGAAACCUGCUGUUCCUCAGAGAAUCCAGGUGUCUAAAGUGUUGGUGCUGGGAUCUGGAGGCCUGUCCAUCGGUCAGGCAGGAGAGUUUGAUUACUCGGGAUCCCAGGCUGUUAAAGCUAUGAAGGAGGAAAACCUACAAACUGUGCUGAUUAACCCCAACAUUGCCUCGGUACAGACUAACGAGGUUGGCACCAAGCAGGCAGACUCUGUGUACUUCCUGCCCAUCACUCCUGAGUUUGUAACAGAGGUGAUCAAGGUAGAGAGACCCGACGGCAUCCUGCUCUCCAUGGGAGGACAGACGGCUCUCAACUGCGGGGUGGAGCUCUUUCAGAGUGGCGUCCUGCAGAAGUAUGGAGUGCAAGUUUUGGGCACACCUGUGGAGUCCAUCAUGGCCACUGAGGACCGGCAACUCUUUUCAGACAAACUAAUGGGGAUCAAUGAAAAAAUUGCUCCCAGUAUGGCUGUUAAAACAGUGGCAGAUGCCUUGAAGGCAGCAGAUGAGAUUGGCUACCCUGUCAUGCUGAGAUCAGCUUAUGCCCUGGGCGGCCUUGGCUCAGGCCUGUGUGCUAAUAAAGAGAAGCUAGAGGACACUGCUCGCAAGGCCCUGGCCAUGAGCAGCCAGAUCCUGGUGGAAAAGUCCCUGCUGGGCUGGAAGGAAGUGGAAUAUGAGGUGGUUAGAGAUGUUGCUGAUAACUGCGUCACUGUCUGCAAUAUGGAGAACUUUGACCCUCUGGGUAUCCAUACAGGUGACUCCAUCAUGGUUGCACCCAGCCAGACUCUGUCCAAUGAGGAAUACCACAUGCUGAGAGAGACUGCUAUUAAAGUAGUGCGUCAUCUGGGCAUUGUGGGAGAGUGCAAUAUCCAGUAUGCCCUGCAUCCGUCCUCUCUGGAGUACUGUAUCAUUGAGGUGAAUGCCCGCCUCUCCAGAAGCUCAGCACUGGCGUCCAAAGCCACAGGGUAUCCGCUAGCAUUUGUAGCUGCUAAACUAGCACUCGGCAUCCCACUGCCGGACAUAAAGAAUGCAGUGUCGGAGCAGACCACGGCCUGUUUUGAGCCCAGUUUGGAUUAUAUUGUCACCAAAAUACCUCGCUGGGAUCUGGACCGUUUCCACGGGAUGUCUCGGGAGAUCGGCAGUGCCAUGAAGAGUGUUGGAGAGGUCAUGGCAGUUGGCCGAACCUUUGAGGAGAGCAUCCAGAAGGCUUUGCGUAUGUGCCACCCCUCAGUGGACGGCUUUGUACCGCGUCUGCCUCUGAAAAGAGCCUGGGCAGAGCAGAGAGACCUUCAGCGAGAGCUAUCGCUGCCUUCAAGUACUCGUAUCUUCUCCCUCGCCCAGGCCCUUCACAGUGGUGUGACCGUUGAUCAGAUCCAUGACCUCACUGCCAUAGACAAAUGGUUCCUGCACAAACUGAAGCACAUUACUGCGAUGGAGCAGCUCCUGGGUCAGUAUAACAGCGCCACAGUGCCGAGAGAUCUACUUCUGAAGGCCAAGAUGGAUGGUUUCUCAGACCGACAGGUUGGCCAGGCUAUGAACAUCUCAGAGGGAGAAGCUCGGGUGCUCAGGCUCAACCAGAACAUCAGACCUUGUGUCAAACAGAUUGAUACACUUGCUGCUGAAUACCCUGCAGCCACCAAUUAUUUGUAUUGCACUUACCAUGGUCAGGAGCAUGACUUGGAUUUUAAGGAUCGUGGUAUCAUGAUUGUGGGUUGUGGUCCAUAUCACAUUGGCAGCAGUGUGGAGUUUGACUGGUGUGCGGUGUCAAGCAUUCGUGCCCUUAGACAGAUGGGCAAGCAUACAGUGGUGGUGAACCAUAACCCAGAGACGGUCAGUACGGACUUUGAUGAGUGUGACCGUCUGUACUUUGAGGAGUUAACCCUGGAGCGCAUCCUGGACAUCACACAGCAGGAGGGCUGCACCGGCUGUAUAGUAUCUGUGGGUGGGCAGAUCCCCAAUAACCUGGCCAUGCCCCUGCACCUGAACGGGGUGAAGAUUCUGGGAACCAGUCCUCUUCAGAUCGAUCGUGCAUUAGAGAGAUCUGUAUUCUCUUCCAUACUGGAUGAUCUGGGUGUAGGCCAGGCCCCGUGGAGGGCUCUCAGCUCACUGGAGGAUGCUGUUUCUUUUGCCAGUACUGUGGGCUACCCUUGCCUCCUGCGGCCAUCCUAUGUUCUGAGUGGCUGCGCUAUGAAUGUGGUGUAUGGUGAAGAUGAGAUGAAACGUUUCCUGGAGGAAGCCACGCAGGUGUCUCAGGAUCAUCCUGUGGUCAUCACUAAAUUCAUCCGAGGCGCCAGAGAAGUGGAGGUGGAUGCAGUGGCCAGAAUGGGCAAGGUGCUGGUUCAUGCUAUCACGGAGCAUGUGGAGGACGCAGGAGUGCACUCAGGAGACGCCACACUCAUACUGCCCACCCAGACCAUCAGCCAGGGAGCUCUGGAGAAGGUGAAAACUGCUACACAGAAAAUUGCAAAGGCGUUUGAGAUUUCAGGGCCAUUUAAACAAUUUUUGGUGAAGGGCAAUGAUGUAAUGGUGAUCGAGUGUAACCUGCGUGCAUCUCGAUCUUUCCCUUUCGUCUCUAAAACUAUUGGUGUGGACUUCAUUGAUGUGGCCACCAGGGUCAUGGUGGGUGAGCCAUUGGACGAGUCUCGUCUGCCCUCCCUAGAAAACCCAAUCAUUCCAGUCGACUAUGUUGGCAUUAAGGCUCUUAUGUUUUCCUGGCCUCGCUUGAGAGAAGCUGACCCUGUCCUGCGUUGUGAGAUGGCCUCCACCGGAGAGGUGGCAUGCUUUGGACCAAACAUCUACUCUGCCUUCCUGAAGGCCAUGCUCUCUACAGGAUUCAAGCUUCCCCAGAAGGGGAUUCUCAUUGGGAUUCAACAUUCAUUCAGGCCUAACUUCAUUUCCACUGCUCAUCAGCUUCAUGAGGAGGGCUUUAAGCUCUUUGCCACAGAGGGUACAUCAGCUUGGCUCAAUGCUAAUGAUGUUCCAACAAUCCCAGUUGCUUGGCUGAGCCAUGAAACCAAAAAUACAACCUUACCCAGCAUAAGCAGACUUAUCAGUGAAGGACACAUUGACCUUGUGGUCAACUUACCUAAUAACAACACAAAGUUUCUUAAGGACAACUUCCAGAUCCGCAGAAUGGCGGUGGAUUACGGAGUACCACUUAUAACAAACUUCCAGGUUGUAAAGCUGUUUGCAGAAGCUAUCAGGUAUUCCAGCGAUUUAGACGCCACCAGCCUGUUCCACUACCGCCAACGUGAGCCCAGACUGUCGGAGAGCUCUGCUGCAUGGUUAACUUGUAACCUCUAAAACAGGGGACUCUGCUCAAAAAUUAGCCAGGUGGUGUUAUCUAUCGUGGGCCAACUGAACAGUUACAAUCGGUUUUACAAUCAUAAAUUGAACUAGACAGGGCUCAACAGUAAAGGCCCAUUCACACCAAGAAAGAUAACUAUAACGAUGAUUAGGCCUAUAUUAGCUUCCAUAACCAUCACACAAUAACAUUCUGUUCAUUAUAAGCACAUGCUGCAGUUUUGUCAUCUGCCACUGUAAUUGCUCAAGCUCUUCAAAGC